AUGGCACCAACUUCAUCACCACCAACCACUCUUGCUUCCAAGAAUCGAGUUCUCAUCAUUGGUGCAACAGGUUUCAUGGGAAAAUUUUUGACUGAGGCAAGUCUUUCCUCGGCACAUCCUACCUAUUUGUUGAUCCGGCCAGGAGGACCUCUUAUUUCUCAGAAAUCUACCACUAUUAAGACUUUCCAAGAGAAAGGAGCCAUUAUCAUUUACGGCGGGGUAGAUAACAAGGAGUUUAUGGAGAAGAUAUUGAAAAAGUAUGAAAUAGAUAUAGUAAUUUCUGCAAUAGGAGCUGAAAGUUUGCUGGAUCAGAUUACUUUGGUGGAGGCAAUGAAAACAAUUAAGACCGUUAAGAGGUUUUUGCCUUCAGAAUUUGGUCACGAUGUGGACAGAGCUGAUCCUGUGGAGCCAGGUUUAGGAAUGUACAAACAGAAGCGUUUGGUUAGACGUGUGAUCGAGGAAUCUGGUGUACCCUACACCUACAUAUGUUGCAACUCCAUCGCAUCUUGGCCUUACUAUAACAACUGUCAUCCAUCGUCGCUUCCUCCACCGUUGGAUCAGUUGCACGUCUAUGGUAACGGCAAUGUCAAAGCUUACUUUGUUGAUGGCUUUGAUAUUGGAAAGUUCACUAUGAAGAUAGUUGAUGAUCAUAGAACAAUCAACAAAAAUAUUCAUUUUCGUCCCUCUAUCAACUGCUAUAGCAUGAAUGAACUCGCUUCUUUGUGGGAGAAUAAAAUUGCCCGGAAAGUUCCUAGACUCGUCGUCUCUGAAAACGAUCUUCUAGCAAUAGCCGCAGAAAAUAUCAUACCAGAGAGUAUUGUUGCAUCACUCACUCAUGAUAUAUUCAUCAAUGGAUGUCAAGUUAGUUACAAGAUAGAUGGAGUUCAUGAUGUUGAGAUUAGCGCGCUGUAUCCCGGGGAAUCAUUCAGGAGCAUGGAGGAUUGUUUUGAGAGCUUUGUUGUCAUGGCGGCCGACAAGAUUCAUAAAGAGGAAAAUGGAGUUGCCGGCGGCGCAAAGUCUAUAGUAGAACCAGUAAUAAUCACAGCUUCCUGUUGA